CACAGAACGAGCCCAGAGCAGAGUCUGAACAGCUGUCGCGCGCUCCGACCGCUUUUUCAUUUCUCAACAUUUUUCAGUGAACUGGUUUGUUCCGUGAGAUGUCUGCCUUCCAUAUUGUUUUUUUCGCCCCGAUGAUGGGAAUUAACCGAGCACUGUGAGUUUUUGGAGUCCUGUUGCUACAGUAUGUUUGUGAGUUGCCCCCCGCGUGUUGUUUGACCACAACUGGAGCGCGAGCGCUGUUCGCGGUGCUGAAAGCUUCAAAGAGCCGCGAGGAGAGCAGAGGUUCCCGAGCCUCUGGAGAGAGAUGAGGAGGAAGAAGCUGUCUGUGGCGGGCUUUUUAGUCGCCUGGAAACUAGUACUGUUACUCAGCGUGGGGCAGUGCAAGGAGGCGGACAAUGCUGCGAGGUCACGGCAGGUUCCAAUGUCUCCCUCCGAUUUUCUGGACAAACUGAUGGGGAGGACAUCUGGAUAUGAUGCCAGGAUAAGACCGAACUUUAAAGGUCCUCCAGUCAAUGUUUCCUGUAACAUUUUCAUCAACAGCUUUGGUUCCAUUGCUGAAACCACCAUGGACUACCGUGUGAAUAUCUUCCUCCGUCAGCAGUGGAAUGAUCCCAGGCUCGCCUAUGCUGAAUACCCAGAUGACUCUCUGGACCUGGACCCCUCUAUGUUAGACUCCAUAUGGAAACCAGAUCUGUUCUUCGCGAAUGAGAAGGGGGCCCACUUUCACGAAGUCACUACAGACAACAAACUGCUCAGGAUAUUUAAGAAUGGGAAUGUUUUGUACUCUAUAAGACUAACACUAACUCUGUCAUGUCCAAUGGAUCUAAAAAACUUCCCAAUGGAUGUUCAGACCUGUAUCAUGCAGCUGGAGAGCUUUGGCUACACCAUGAACGACCUGAUCUUUGAGUGGCAGGAGAACGGACCAGUCCAAGUGGCCGAAGGGCUCACGCUCCCACAGUUCAUCCUCAAAGAUGAGUCAGACCUCAGAUACUGCACCAAGCACUACAACACAGGUAAAUUUACUUGUAUUGAGGUGCGGUUCCACCUGGAGCGUCAGAUGGGCUACUACCUGAUCCAGAUGUACAUCCCCUCUCUGCUCAUUGUCAUUCUGUCCUGGGUCUCCUUCUGGAUCAACAUGGAUGCUGCCCCAGCCAGAGUGGCACUGGGCAUCACCACUGUCCUCACCAUGACAACACAGAGCUCUGGCUCCAGGACUUCACUGCCUAAGGUUUCUUAUGUCAAGGCUAUAGACAUCUGGAUGGCUGUGUGUCUCCUCUUCGUCUUCUCUGCACUGCUGGAGUAUGCUGCGGUCAACUUUGUGUCGAGGCAACAUAAAGAGCUGCUGCGAUUCAGGCGGCCUCCCAAGAGCAAGAGCAAGAACAGUGGAGGUGCAGUUGAUCCAGAGGAGCUAGCUGAUUCCCUCCGUCGCGUUAACAUUGACAACGGCCUCAAACCAACAGACCCUCUGUAUGGAUCUAUGACCAACAUCUGCACCAGCAACCACAGGGAAGGGGAAGUACAUGAGAGCAGACUAACCUCCACAGCUGCUGUGACCUCCACUCCCAGCAACAGCAAGGACUCGAAGGCCAGCGCCAACAAUACUGUCACUGUACUGAACACCCCAGGAGCCACAGCAAACACUACCCAGAAUCCACCUGGAGCAACAGCAGGUGGAGGGGGUAAAAGCAUCGAAGAGAUGAGGAAGUUAUUCAUCGACAGGGCCAAAAAGAUUGACACUGUGUCGAGGGCCGGCUUCCCUCUGGCCUUUCUCUUCUUCAAUAUAUUCUACUGGGUUCUUUAUAAGAUACUUCGACAUGAAGAUGUACAUAAGCAAUAGAGAAAGAAAGAGAAGAAAUUAUUCAUAUAUGUGCCGCACACACACACACAUACAUUCUUGUACCGCUAUAAUACAUGAGGAAACUUCAUUGACUUCCCUCAUUUCCCUGUCCCUUAACCCUGACUUUGAGGGCCAUUCAAGAUGACCUCAAUUUGCAAAAAUGUCCUGAUUCUGAAGGCUCAUAUCAGUUCUCACUAACAAUGUACAGAAACACAAAGCUAGAUCACCCACCACCCUCUGCAUGGCAGCACAGAGUGGACUGUUGCUCAUAUCUGACUAAAGCCAGUGCUUGUUUCUGUUACACAAUGAAUCUCAACAGAUGAUUAACAGCUUCCAUGUCACCUCAGUGGUCACUGACGUCAGUGGAUGAAGAGUGGGGAGAGUGUGGCCUUUAGCUCCUGGAAGAUUAAAGAGGCCAUAUUAUGCUCAUUUUCUGGUUUACUAUGAUAGGUUUACAUGCUUCAGUGUUUAUAAAACAUGUUAUUUUUCUCAUACAUGCCAUUGUCUGCCUCUACCCAACCCCCCCUCUUGGAUUGGUCAGCUCCCAUAAGCCUUAGCAGGCACAGCCCACCAUGUAGAUUCACUAGGUUUCAGUGGUACAUGUUCUAAUGUGAUGCAAUAUAGUAAUGGAAGAGAAGACUGAAUACAAACGAGGCAUGUCAGGCAGUGCAGGUGCAGUGUUUUGUUCUUUUGUGUGCACUUUGGGCUUUGUCCCUUUUCAGACCUUUUACAUGCACAAAAAAUCUAAAUAACACAAUAAAGCACAGGGAAACCUCCAACAGGCAUUAUAUAGCCUCUAAAAAAGCAUGUAAUAUGCUCUCUUAUCUAAAUGAAAUCAGUUAAAUGUAAUCUACUGUCUGACAGCCAACAUUAGAUUGAUAUUGUUCUGAAGCUGCAUUAAGUGAUUUUUGUACUGCAAGAGGAAGAGACAGCAACAGGUUGUUUCAUAGACAAAUGACAGAUUAAUGACUGGAGCAGAGGUAAUCUCCACCAAUCACAAUUGACUACAGCAGCCAAUGAGUGCAUGUGUUUUAUUAAGUGGACUGCAUAGCAUAGAAAGCAUGUCAGGAGUGGCUGAUGUGUGAAUGGAAGAUGUCUAUGACGGACCAGUUAAACCAGUAAAGCAGUGUCUGCAGAUGUCCAGUGCCCUGUGGAAGCGUCUCAUCAGCAUACUAAUGUAUAAGUCUCUACAAACUAGAUUCCCACAUUGAAAUGCAGUAGGCAGGGUGCAGCUAAGCCCUGGCUCCUGGUGGACAAUCUGAGAGCUGAGAUCUGGCUGCCUCUGGUCUAAUUAAAACCUUGGUCUUUGCUGUGUGUGACACAGCAAAAGUGUGAAGGCAAAUCAGUUUUCAUGGGUGGUUCUUGAGUUUAGUGAGCUCAUACGCACUCUCCCAGUGUAAGCAAUAAACAUACCAGCCUCUGAAGCAAGUCAUGUGUGAAUGCUCGAAGAAAGCACAACCACAAAACCCUUACACCCCUUUUAGUCCAUGUGGCUUUUUUUUUCUUUUAAGACAGAAUGAGAAAACACUGUAUAGACUCAUAAAGAUAAUCCCUUUUAAUCAUCAGUUACAACUCAUUAGAAGUGUCUGCAUCUGCAAAGACCCUGCCCUCUGCCUGUAUUUUCCUAUUACUGUGCUGCUUUCAGGAUGUUUGUGGGCGUCCAACUUACGGCAGCGUGUAAGGUGUCAGGUGGGGAAUAGAGGUCUUCACAGGUCCAAAGAUUUGUGCCAACCCGGAAAUGUACUACCCAAACCCGAGCCGGCACAGUCUGUUAUUUGAAAGCUGGGACCCAUGCAGAACUGAGAAAUGCUGGACCCGAACCCAGUCAGUAGACCCAGACCUGAUUGCAUGAAUUUCACAGCUGAUUGCAUUAACAGGUUAAUGUUAAUUUACAAGUUGUCUAAAGAACACUUCAUGUCUUACCUUAUGUGAAGCCUUCUCCCCUGAGCCUGGCUGUGGCACAUAUAAUCAUUCCUCCUUGCCAAGUAAUUUGGGAAAUUACAGCCAGGUUUUCUGGUAUUUAUCUCUUGCUGAUUGGAAGAGCAUGGCUAAUUCACCUGUUCUUUCACCUUAAAAGUCCUCUCGCUGUCACGGUGAUGGAUGAUUCGUUCAGAAUCAGCUUUAUAGUUUUGUUGCAUCCUAUUUCUUUGAUUCACUGCUUUGUUCUUGUUAACGCUGCUCCCUCUUUUUAUUCGCUCUCUAGCUCACUCAACUUUGAAUGGUAAAUAGACCUGUACUUGUAUAGCGCCUUCCUAGUCUUCCGACCACUCAAAGCGCUUUUCCACUACGUGCCACAUUCACCCUUUCACAUUCACACACACAUCAGGAGCAAUUCGAGGUUCAGUAUCUUGCUCAAGGAUACUUCGACACGUGGCGGGAGGAGCCGGGGAUCGAACCAACAAGUUUUCCGAUUAGUGGACGACCCGCUCUUCCUCUGAGCCACAGAUGGUGCAUUUACAAACUGCACAAAUUCCACUCGGUAUGCUUUUAAAAACUGUACAUGCUGAGGACAUGCUGGUAAGACCUUUCUAAGUGCUUCAGUAGGACGUAAUAGUCAAAAACAUGUGCUGCACCUAGUGGAGAAGGGUUACUGAAGGGUUAAUUAUGGGACACUGAGUCAUUAAGGGGGGUUAUUAUGAGAAUUGUCAUUUCUCAGUGUUCAGUGUACUGGAAGUCCCGUUUGUCAGUGUUAGCUUACACCCUUGUCACUCGAGUGCAGUGUUAUCAAAUCAGAACUGUGCGCUCUAAUGCUUAUGCAACCCACAUACGCACAAUGGGUGGCACAAUCAUUUGUACUGUAAUUGGUGGAGAUUAGCGCUGUAAUCAUGAGUCUGUGACAACUUUCAAACCCACACCCACCCACACCUUCACCAAACGUGGCGUCAGAGGUACAUAAAAGGUCAUGAGAUCAUUAGAAUCCCGCCAGAGGCUAAAUGUAAUCAAAAUACUGCAUGGUACUUUGUGACUGAAAAUGGAAAGGGUUAAAUCUUCUUCUCUUUGUUAUUUAUUUGGUGAUUUCUAGUCAGGAGGUUGUUAAGAUAUGUUGAUAGACAGAGGAAUAAGUGGACUGAUUGAUCGGUCAGCAGUCAUCACCAUCCUCAGUUUUCUGAUGGUAGUGAGCCAAACCAAAACAAAGUCAGUGUUUUUACUUAAAACAGGAUCCCUUUGAGAGCACCAGAAAGCGGUUGAACUGAAGUUGCCACCUAAAUCCAUGUUAGUUUAUAUAUAUUUUUUAUCAAAUUUGCAGUUCUUUAUGGAUGAAAUGUAGUCCUCCUACUGUGUUGUCCUUCCCUGAAAUUGCUGCAGUGAGACAUCCACCCUAACCUGAGAUGUUUACAUUUGUUUCAAGACUUCAAACACUGACAGAGACCCAGAAAAGCCUGAGAAACAAAGCACUUCAUUUACAGGCAGCGAACAACUAAAAUGCUCCAGAUAUGGGAAGAAUUUCAUUUCAACAUCAACCGUGAUAAAAGGCUGCAAUCAUGGUCUGAUUAGUCAGUAGAGUUGUGGACAGCAGCAGACAAUGUACUGUAACAGACUGGAGAUGACUCCUCAAAGAAAUAUUAGGGAACACACACAAAUAAAUAACAGUUUCUGCCCACACCUCAGCUCUCAAACUCAUUACACACAUGCACAGCUGUUACCAGCAACCCACACACUGUACAUGACUUGUUUUUAUUGAACCAUCAAAUGGUAAAACAUCCCUGCACUGAUUCCCUGUUUACACAAUGAGUAAUGCUGUGGUAAUUUCCUCCUAGUUUCCUUCUGACUCAAGCAUUCAGUCAUUUCAGCUGAAAAUGUAAUUAAGUGACAGAGAAGGGAUUUCAUCCAAAAUACAAACUCAGAACAACAGUCUCUGUGUCUUCUACCUGUUUAGAAAACCUAGGUCAGUCGCUCCAAACUGUAGAAACUAUUGUAUGUGUGGAAAUCUUUUCUGAUCAAACGAUAAAGGGAGAAGUAAAGUUCAUUAAUUUUGUGUCUCUGAGCAGCCCCAUCUCCUGCAGAUUACAUUCACAAGCCACUAUUUUACAUUAGCAAUCAGAUUUUGGAGGGAACCCAGUGCUGGAUCAAACUUUUAAAUGACUUAAUUUGGAAAAAUCUAAAUGAAAGAGUGAUUGUAUUCCAGGUGAAAAUUAAGUGUCCUGUGUCCUAUAAAAGUCUACAUCAGUUAGUAAUUAGUCCCCCUGAAAAGAAUUUAGUGAAAGUCUGUUGCCAAAUUAUUGUGGAUUAUUAAAUUUUGACCCUUGAGUACACACCUUCAUUAGAAUUUCAAUGUGUUUUCUGGGAACAACUUGGCUCUAGCCUUAAUUCCUGUCAGCUGUAAACAUUGCAGUAGCCUGCUGAGCUGUAGUAUUACAAGAUGUGUUUUCUUUCUGCUGAGACAGCUGUGAGUGCUUGAAAUCUGUUCCAAUCAAAGUGAGUGCUACAGUCAUUUUGCUGGUUUUAAUUUUCCUGCCAUCUUUUCUCAAAGCAUGCUGCAUUAUUUUAGUUUUUCAGUUCAGAAUGCUCAGUGUCAGAUCAACUCGCGGACUUGUGAAACUUGCUUGAGAUACGUCACAGUGAUAUGAUGGACACUGUUUCAGAUUUACAUACUUUAGGGAAGUCAGUAGAGAACUGCCUAGGAAGGGAAAUUACAUUCAAAAUCCAAAAUAAAAGUAUAACUGGGCUUAAAUUUGCAGAAACACCAGUUGUGUAUGAUCAUUUAGCAUUCCUGCUGUGUGACAGAAGAAAUGCACUGUCACUCAUGAAGUGUUUGCUUUCGCACAGUUGGCCCUGACCCAGGAUCUGCCUGAUGGCUAGUUGCUGCUCUGUUGGUGCUCCAAUUACUCAUCCAAUCCACACAAGUUUCAUUUCUCUGCUGCUGCAUGCUUUCCAACAUGGUUGUCAUUUCUGUAGCAGAUGUCCCCUGCAUGGACUACAACAUGCAAAACACUGGUGCAGUUUUAGUUCAGCACUGAACUUUCCCACUCAAAGACUGCAGUGUUCUACAAGUCGAGCCUCCUGUGUUUCCUGGAAGGAUGUCCAGUUAGCUUGUUAACAUGAAGCCUUUCCGUGCAGUCGCUGUGGGUUAUUUACACCAGUGUUUCCCCCAUAGAAAUAUUUGCAUGCUUCAAAUGAAAACAACUUCUUGUUGUUUCCAUUAGUCCGGGAAUUUCUGUUGUCUACAGACAAGUUCUUACCAACUUAAAAAUCAAAGAUAUCUGCAGCUAUGUUUCAAAUUUAAUGUUCACUCAUUUUACUAGAUAGCAUAUAGCAGCAGCCAUUCAUUUAGUUUGAGUAUUGUGCCCGUAUUUCAUAUAUAAAUACUACACGGCUUCCAAGAAACUUGCAAAAAAACCAUGAAAAGCCCUAUCUACAGCCAGAGUUUGUUCAUCCCUUCUGGGCUCCUGUAGAAACAUGGCAGCUACACAUAGCGGACUCCGUAAGGCAACCCACUCCCUCUGUAGAUAAAAAUGGCUCAUUCUAACGUAGUAAAAACACAACUAUUCCUAUUAUCAGGUGAUUAUACACUAGUGAAAACAUACCUAUGAAUAUUAUAUUCCAUUUCUGCCAAUAGAUCCUCCUCAGUGUUACACUCUGGACCUUUAAGAUGAUAGAAUGGCCUUUUGGCUUUUUUGCGCUGUGCUUCACCUUAAUUAUUUUGAUUUUAAGGUGAAAGGUCUGGAUCACCAACAGCAGUGCAACUAUCUCAAACAGGUUUUAAGCUGAUUUCCAUCAUGUAAAAUUAAUGCAAAUCAGUGACUGUGUGGAAGACAAUGAAUUCAAAAUCGAAAUAUGGUCUACAUGGCCUGUUGUUAUUGUGUGAUCCUUAAUAUUGCUCCUCACUGAUUAGAGCUCUCUGCAGGACCAUGCGGCCAUGUUCAGGCUGUGUUUGGCUGACUUAUUCCACACUUUCUUGUUGCUUGCACCUGCUUAUGAGGAAAAACCUCCCACCACUAUCAUUCUGAUCACUAAGUUUAUAAGUCCUUUUUACAUCUAAUCAGCUGACUAAUUCUACACGUUGAAAAAGAACAAUUAAUGAAAAACAAUGAAGAUAGUAAGAAAUGAAUUGGUUAGUUGUUAAUAUCUACAGCUGUUACUACCGCUGCUGAUUAGAUGUUAAAAGUGCUUGCCAUAGUACGUGUGCAGUCGUUUGGUGACCUCAUGUAAUUCCCAGCAUACAUCGUCUGUAAAGAGGUCUAAUCGACCAGAAGAGAAAUGAGAACUGGGUGUGUUUGAGUUUCCUACUCGGGGCUUUGUACUUAAUGUUUAGCAGUGGAUGCCAGCCUUCCUCACAACCUCACAAACUAAAGUGUCUUGAUGCCAGUAGAAGAGAAACUGGACGAGUUUACCACGCUGUGACACACACAAAACUACACAAUACUAUAUGUACAUUUCUGUGUUAGGUCAAAGAUUAUUAAUUUUGUACAAAGAGAAAGAGGUUUUAAAAUAUUGAAAAAUCUGACUCAGUAUUGUAUGAGUCAUGAAACUGUGGGCUGUUAUUGUCCUGCUGUUCUUUUUGUUGCUAUUUGGAUGAGACGGAUCUGAACUGAUUUUCAAACACUUUUCUACACAAUAUGCCUUCCUUCACUUUUAUAAAGACAAAUUGAGCCGAAGUACUGGAGCCAUGGACAGGGGCACUUCCAGAGGAGGGGCCUGGAGCACCCCAAGUGCCACUCCAUUAUCCUUACCUCCUCCUCUUCAACUGUGUUUCAGAGGCUGUAGCAGGCCCCAUUUUAAAGCUAGAGUGAAUAUACUAGUGUCAUCUAAAACCUAGAAGACCUAUCACAUCCACACCCCCCACACCUCCCAGUUAAAACAGUCUGGAAACACCCCUGGCCACGAGUUAGAUUUCCAUUGCAGUUUUCCCUACAGUAAGUUCAAUACACUGUAUGUAAAAAAUAUACACACAAGCCUGAAAAGGUUUCACAAUGUUUAAUCUGAGCCAUGAAGUUUGUUAUGUUUGCUUUGUAUUUAUACCCGCAUUGUGGUUCAAAUGUGGUAAAAGUGUGUGGACAUUUUGUUAAAUUGUGUGCAUAUCACAAGUCUCAGUUCACCACAGUGUUAGUCUGACUACAGUCACAUCACAGCUCAGUUGAAAACUGACCAGUUUCAUAUCUCAGAGGUUGUAUUUCAUUAAACUGUUUUUUCAGACACAUUUUUAAACAAAAUGUCAUGUUGCUCACACCCUUGUUGUAAAUCUUCAGUCAGAAUUAAGUCUCACAGUCUGUCAAAACACAACAAACUGGUAAUUAUAUAAUAUAAAUAUAUAACGUAUGCUGGUUUAAAGCUGCAGUAGGUAACUUUUAUGAAAAUAACUUUUUGUUAUAUUUGCUGAAACUUUGACUAUAUUCUGACAGUAGUACAUGAGACAGAUAAUCUGUGAAAAAAUCCUCCUAGUGCUCCUAAUGGCAUUUACAAGAAACCACUGGGCCUGAAAAAGUAAAAAGAUCAGUUUCAGCAAACAUGAAAAAAAGUUAUUUUUUAUAAAAGUUACUUACUGCAGCUUUAAAGGUGGAAAUACACGCAGCCCUCUCAUACAUUAGCCAAGUACAGAGUUGAGAGCACACACACUAUUUUUUGUAAAAUAAGAUGUGCAUAUUUUACAUUGUUCCAAUUAAAUUCUAUUGGAUUAAUGUUGA